GGCGCGCCAUGUGUGGUAACACGCUCCGCCGCUGCCACGCUAUUUAAACGCCGGCUAUGGAUCCAGGAACCGGCGCGAAUCAAUGAGAUCAAACGCGAAGGAGAUGCACCGUCAAUUACAAGCACUCGGACAAGUCUUUUUUUCUUCUUUUACAAAUAAGCUUUCAAAAGCAACCUUAGCAACGCCCAAAUAAGAAGCCACCUCUAAGCAAAAUAGCAUAUGUAUAAAAGGAGGGCGACUAUCUAUGUAUCUAUUUAUAAUUAUAGCUAUAUGUAUUUAAGAGUAUGACAGACGCACAGGUUUACACUCGCUGAACUUUUUGUUUUUGUUUUUGUUUUUAAUUAGUGACAUUGCAGAGAAGGACUCUUCCUAUCUUUUGACGCGUUAGCGACGAGGGUAUUCUGUUUUCCUAGAGCGCCCAAGGGGGCGCAGGGACCUCGGAGAGAAGAGUGGGGAGGAAAGAGAAGGGGUGGGUGGGGGGCAGAGGGCGAGUCGGUGGCGAGGGCAAGCGCUUUCUGGCGGCACGAUGCCUUCCCUGCUGGCGCUCAGUUUCUCCGCGUGCCUCCUGCUCGACUGGGCGUUGCUGGCCGGCGGCACGGGUGGCGGUGGCGGCGGGGGCGCGGGCAGCGGGCGCCGGGAGAGAGAGGCGCUGCUGCCGCAGAAGAUCGAGGUGCUGGUGCUGUUGCCCCAGGACGACUCGUACUUGUUCUCCCUGGCCCGCGUGCGGCCGGCCAUCGAGUACGCGCUGCGCAGCGUGGAGGGCAACGGGACCCGGAGGCAGCUUCUGCCGCCGGGCACUCGCUUCCAAGUGGCCUACGAGGACUCGGACUGCGGCAAUCGCGCACUCUUCAGCCUGGUGGACCGCGUGGCGGCGGCGCGCGGCGCCAAGCCGGAUCUCAUUCUCGGGCCGGUGUGUGAGUACGCGGCGGCGCCGGUGGCCCGGCUAGCGUCGCACUGGGACCUGCCCAUGCUCUCCGCCGGGGCACUGGCCGCGGGCUUCCAGCACAAGGACACCGAGUAUUCGCACCUCACGCGCGUGGCGCCCGCCUACGCCAAGAUGGGCGAGAUGAUGCUCGCCUUGUUCCGCCACCACCACUGGAGCCGCGCCUCGCUGGUCUACAGCGACGACAAGCUGGAGCGCAACUGCUACUUCACCCUCGAGGGGGUCCACGAGGUCUUCCAAGAGGAGGGUUUACACACGUCCUCCUACCAUUUCGACGAGACCAAAGACUUAGACCUGGACGACAUUGUGCGCUACAUCCAGGCUACCGAGCGAGUGGUGAUCAUGUGUGCCGGGGGCGACACCAUCCGCAGCAUCAUGCUGGCAGUGCACCGGCAUGGCAUGACCAGCGGGGACUACGCCUUCUUCAACAUCGAGCUCUUCAACAGCUCUUCCUACGGAGAUGGCUCGUGGAAGAGAGGAGACAAACACGACUUUGAAGCUAAGCAAGCAUACUCAUCCCUCCAAACAGUCACUCUACUGAGGACAGUGAAACCUGAGUUUGAGAAGUUUUCCAUGGAGGUGAAAAGUUCUGUUGAGAAACAAGGGCUCAAUGAGGAGGAUUACGUUAACAUGUUUGUAGAAGGAUUCCACGAUGCCAUCCUCCUCUACGUCUUGGCUUUGCAUGAAGUACUCAGAGCUGGUUACAGCAAGAAAGAUGGAGGCAAAAUUAUCCAGCAGACUUGGAACAGGACGUUUGAAGGUAUUGCUGGGCAGGUGUCCAUAGAUGCCAACGGAGACCGUUAUGGGGAUUUCUCUGUGAUUGCCAUGACCGACACGGAAGCAGGCACCCAGGAGGUUAUUGGUGACUACUUUGGAAAAGAAGGUCGUUUUGAAAUGAGGCCAAAUAUCAAAUAUCCUUGGGGCCCUUUAAAACUGAGGAUAGAUGAGACCAGAAUUGUGGAGCAUACAAAUUCCUCUCCCUGCAAAUCGUCAGGUGGCCUAGAAGAAUCGGCAGUGACAGGAAUUGUUGUGGGGGCCUUUUUAGGAGCUGGUUUGCUAAUGGCCUUCUACUUUUUCAGGAAGAAAUACAGAAUAACCAUUGAAAGGCGAAACCAUCAAGAAGAAAGUAAUGUUGGAAAACAUCGGGAGUUACGAGAAGAUUCCAUCAGAUCCCAUUUUUCCGUGGCUUAAAGGGAACUUUUGUUUUUGUUCUGCUGAGGUUCUUUAAGGAGAUAGAUAGGAUGAAAGACAUCAAUGGAACAGAAGAGGUGUUCUUGAAGAAUUCAUUCUUUUAAGCAGUUACUCAUUUCAUUUAAAAAUUUCUUUAGAAGCUCAGGAACUAUUAAUCAUCAUCUGCCUCCUAGCCUUUCAUCUCAUGACAAAUGUAAGGAUAUACUGUCACUCUGUUAAAUACUCAUAGUGUUUCAAGGAUGUAUGACUGAUUAGGUUUAUGUUUUUAAAGUCUAAAGUCUCCAAAUCUUGAUGGCGUUUGGGGGCAUUUCACAUAAGGCUAUAUAAUAUGGUUUGCUUAAAUGAAAUGUUUUGUAGCUACAAUAAAAUAAUUUUUACAUGUAGAAUAUUCUUGGAAUAUUAAAAGAAAAUAAUUAUAGGAAUUAACACUCAGUAAGAGGAAAAUGUAAUGGAAAAAAAACACACACCUCGAUAUAGCAUUACUCUGUCUAGAGCUGGUAUACUGAUUUGUGGUUGAGGCCUGCUCUGUCCAAAUCUAUUGUAUAUUCAGGUUAUGAUUUAAUAUCUUGAAAAAUGAGUUCCUCCCUGAAUUUCUCAGUAUCUCAUAGAAGCUACUCUGGAAAGGUGUAAAUAUUCAUGAGAUAGGAAGAUUUAUACAAGAAAAACAAGUCUAAAUGGUCUUCUUUUUUUAUUGUAUGAAAAAGUCCUGUUUCACACUAGCAUUUUAAGUAUUUUAAUCUUAUAUUUUGGUAUUAGAAAAUGUGUCUAUUUUUUCAUUUUGGAGAUUAAAUUUCACUUGUAUUUUAAAAGCAUGUAUAAAGUGUACAACAAACCAAUAAUAAUGAAAGAUGCUUCUCUUUCUCUUCAUUUCCCUCUUCCCCUUGGCCAUAGCCAAAUGCUAACUGCUGCUUUAAAUCCAGAGAUCUAGAAAUGUAUUCAGAUUACAAACUCUGGAAGAGUACAUCAAGAUUCACCCUUUGCAUUUUUUUUUUUAAAAUAGAGGUGCACUUGCCAGAGAGACAGAGAGAGAUAGAAA